GGGCGUAGAAGAUUGUCAUCGACUGGUGAUGCUGAUACAUCAGCAACAUCAAGUUAUGAGGGAAGUGAAGGGAGUUCAGUCAACAGUGAUGAUCAGACAAGACUCGAUCCUGUAACACAGCCUGAGAGGGAACAAUUGGAGGCCUUUUUCAGAGGAUUGAAGUCUCAGGUUUACGUGUGUGAGUCACUAGCCAAUUUAUAUCUCGGAAGUGCCUCUCAGGCUCAGGGCAACUGGGAGCUGCGAUUCACCGGAAUACCAAUUGUGGUACUGGACCUUGGAGAAACGAGAUCGAGAUCCAAACGACAGAUUCAGAUUUUACUCGCUGAGAGAGGAACCUGUUUCACGUUAUGGCGUGAAACUAUCGACAAUUUAUCCUCGUACAAAGUGUCCGGACCGGCAUUCCACACAAUGUGCCUAUCCUCGGACCACACAAGACUGGCAGGUCUGAGUUUUGACAACGCAAAAGCUGCCAAUGAUCUUUGGCAGCACAUCGAGCGUCUGGUCUCCUGUCCAGAGAACAUAAGCCUCUCAGUACCUGGUAAAAAUAAGAAGAAAAGCAAAAAACCACCGCCGAAGAAGUUCGUUCCACCAGCGAAGAGUAAUAUAAGCCAACCCUGUCAAUUUCAACACAUGACAAGCGUCGAUGCAGCUGACAGAUCGCGAUAUUUUUCCCUGCAGACCCUCGUGCCAGCACUGAAUCAAUUGGAAAACUCGAUCGAACCAACUUUCUAACGUUAAUCCCCAACGACUAGAUAGAACUGCAAAUAUAUCGCAUAAAAUACGUACAGAAAAAUUUAAUU